GACGCGUUCCUCAGCUCCAUCUCCAUGAUUCUCGUCUCCGAGCUCGGCGACGAGACCUUCAUCAUCGCCGCCAUAAUGGCCAUGCGGCACCCGCGGGUCAUCAUCCUCGCCGGCGCGCUCGGCGCGCUCGCAGUCAUGACCGUCCUGUCCACCGCGCUCGGGCUCAUCGUCCCGAACCUCAUCUCCCAGAACGUCGUCAACAAGUGCGCGUUCGUCUUGUACACCUUCUUCGGGUGCCGUCUCCUGUACAUCGCGUGGCGGGCGGAUCCCAACGCGAGCAUCCAGGAGGAGAUGCAGGAGGUGGAGGAGAAGCUCGAAGCGGGCGCGGGGGGCCAGGGGCGGAUGAUGGGACGGGUACGACGGAUCCUCGGGAGGGUGUGCACGCCCAUCUUCCUCGAGGCUUUCGUCCUGACCUUCCUCGCGGAGUGGGGGGAUCGGAGCCAGAUCACGACGAUCGCGUUGGCGGCGCACAAGAACCCAUACGGCGUGGCCAUCGGGGGAACAAUCGGGCACGCGUUCUGCACCGGGCUGGCGGUGGUCGGGGGUAGGAUCAUCGCGCUGAGAAUCAGCCAGCGGCUGGUGGCG